AUGGCCGCCGUUAAUGUAUAUCAUACAAGUGUAACAACAGACAAUCUUAGUCGUAAUGAUAUUCUACAAUGGAUAAAUACAGCACUUGAAGCUAAUUUUACUAAAAUUGAAGAUCUUUGUACCGGUGCUGCGUAUUGUCAAUUUAUGGAAAUGAUGUUUCCAGGUGCCAUUGGUACACGAUCAAAACGGGUCAAAUGGAAUACAAAACUUGAGCAUGAAUAUAUUAAUAAUUUUAAAGUACUACAAGAAUAUUUUAAAGCACUUGCAGUAGAUAAGAUUGUACCUGUUGAAAAAUUAGUCAAAGGAAAAUUUCAAGAUAAUUUUGAAUUUGUUCAAUGGUUUAAAAAAUUCUUUGAUGCUAAUUACACUGCUGCACAUGAUUAUGAUCCUGUAGCUGCUAGAGAUGGACAACCAUUAGGUAAUGGCAAAACAAGUGGUUCUGGUUCAGGUAUUCGUGCACCACCUGCUUCUCGACCGCCACCACCACCACCGGCACCAGUACGAACUGCUCCACCAGCAACAAGAGCACCAGUUACCACUAAACCAAUGCAACAACAUCAACAAAAAAUUUCUCCAUCAACUCAUCGUCCUGUCGGAGCUGGACAUCAUGUUGAUCCUCAUCACGGGUUACAUAGUAAUGAAAAUAUUAGGUUACAACAAGAAAUUGAUACAUUACAAGAAAUAGUUCAACAACAUGCAACACAAAUAGCUGGUCUUGAAAAAGAACGUGAUUUUUAUUAUCAAAAAUUACGUGAUGUAGAAGUUAUUUGUCAAGAACCAGAAUGUGAAUCAUUACCACAAAUACAAAAAAUUCUUGAAAUACUUUAUGCUACAGAAGAAGGUUUUGAGAUACCCACUGAUAAUGAAGAACAACAAAACGUCGAACAAGAAUUUUAA